AUGGCCCAGCCUGAGUUCAGGGCUUCGUGCCCCUCUUUAAACGACCACAAGCUCCAGCCAACAGGUGGUACCGACUGGGAUUCUUAUGCCACCAGGAUGAAGACAGAUUUCACCCGCAAGACAGGAGCAGUGCCCGCUUUGAUCUGUCAAAAAAGUAUCAGAAGAUUAGGAUAUGCAUAUGCACUUAGUGAUCCCAUUCUGAAUACACAAUACAGUGACGAGUACGUUUGGAAAUCAUAUUCUAAGGAAAAUACCAUAAAAAAUGGGUCUUCAAGAGGAUUAAGGAGACACAAAAAAGGCUACAUUGAAUGGACACUACCUCCAGAGCAACUAAGUGAGACAAGAAGGGGCUGCGUUCCUUGGAAAAUUCCUGCUUCUAUGGAAGAAAUUAAGAAGGCAAUAGCAAAUCAGUUUGUUUCCCACACCAAGAGAGAUUUUGUGGAUCUAGACAAAGCUCAGGAGAUUAAGAACAGUUCUCCGGUGUGUGUAGACUGGAAAAAGUACCUUCCCCGGCCCCCAGACACUGAAUUUCGACGGAAUUACCAAAUUCCAGCUAAAAUUCCUGAGUCACAGGAUUUUAGCUUCCGAUAUGGAUGCUACUCAAACCUGUCAGUUGCUUCUAAAGGUCUAGUCCCUUCGGUGCUACACAGCUACAUGAGAACCCAAGAACGUACAAAGAAGCAGACCACUUACCAAAGCGACUACGGGAAGGACCACCUGGACUUCUUAAUGAUCUUGAACUCCAUCACGCCCUGGCAAAUCAGUAAUUACCUUAAGACUGUUUCUGGCAAAGCUGCACUUCGGCCUGGGGAGGAGCAGGGGUGGCCUGGAGCCCAGCCCCCGGCCUGGCUGCUGCGGGCCUGCCUCACGCGGCAGAGCAUGCGCAGUCACUCCACUGGUUUGGAAGAGUUGGCCCACGGGAAGACACCCCCACACCACACAGACCUGGAGCGGAGGCUGAGGGCUGAAAAGGGCAAGUCCCGAAGUGGGAAGCCCAGGUGGGCGACAGACGUCAUCAGCAUGCCACAGUUCAACAAAUUGAUCGUUGGGACUGGACGCUGUGAACUGCAGCUAUACGAACUCUCUAACCUGGAGCCUUACUGUCAGAUCAGCAGCCUGGAAGCCACACCUCUGAAACUGGACUACAGCUUCCUGGAUUCUGACAAGUGCCUGAUUCUCUACGGCGAUGACCAGGUAGGUGUGGGGGUGGAACUGAGUCAGGAACCAGAAGACCAUCUGCUGUCCUUUGCAGAAGAAGUGAGGGGGAGGGAAGAGGCUGGGAGCAUCUGUGUCUCCAAGCUGAGCUGGAAUGAAGAGGAAGAGAGUCGAGGAAACGCGGCCUCGUGA